UCUCUCUCUCUCUCCCCCCGCCCCGCCGUGCGGGAGGAGGCGUGGCCAGAGGACAGGCAGGUUCCGCCAUAGAGAGCGGGAGAGAGCGGAAGUAGACCCGGAUUUCUCUUGCUGGCAGGGAGGAAUCAUGAUUUCCGAAAGCGGCUCCUUCGUGAAGGGCAUGGUGCUCGGAGGGAUUUGCUGCGCCUUGGUGACCCUUCUGGGACAUAUUAAAACGGGUCACACUACGAAAUCUCAUGAGCACCGACACCUGCAAGCGCCCAGGAAAGAGGACAUCCUCAGCCUCUCGGAAGAGAAGCGCCUGGAACUGACCCAGAGCCUCCGCGUCUACUGCAUCAUCCUGGUCAAACCCAAGGACCUGGGACACUGGGCCGCGGUGAAAGAAACCUGGAGCAAACACUGCGACGGGGCCGAGUUCUACAGCUCCGAGAAUGUCAAAGUCUUCGACUCCAUCGUGCUGAACACCGAUGACACGUGGACGAUGAUGCGCAAGGCCUACGCCUACGCUUACGAGAAUUACCGAGACGGUUACAACUGGUUUUUCCUCGCCUACCCCAGCACCUUUGCCAUUAUCGAAAACCUCAAGUACUUCUUGUUGAAGCAGGACGCCGCCCAGCCGUUCUACACAGGCCAGACCCAAUCCUCGGGGGAUCUGCAGUACGUGAACGGGGCGGGCGGGAUCGUCUUGAGCGUGGAGUCCUUGCGGCGGCUCUACAGGAUUUUUCAGGAUCCGGAUAAGUGCCCUGAGCACGGGGGCGUGAUUUGGAAGCUUUCUGAGGAUAAACAGUUAGCCUUGUGCUUAAAGUACGGCGGGGUGCAGGCCGAGAACGCGGAAGACUCUGAGAAGAAGGACAUCUUCAACACCAAGUCGGUGGGCACCCUCAUCAAGGAGGCCAUGGCUAAGCACCCCCAGGAGGUGGUGGAAGGCUGCUGUUCGGAUAUGGCCAUUACAUUCAGUGGCCUGUCGCCAAAUCACAUGCACGUCAUGAUGUACGGUGUCUACAGGCUCAGAGCAUACGGCCACACUUUCAGCGAUGCCUUAGCCUUCCUCCCUCCCCCAGACUCCGAUAAUGACUGAAGAGGGCGGCGGGAAAGCGGAAACCCACCACACACAUGUACUGUCCCUCGGCAAGCAGCAUGUAUUCAGGACUGUUCCAAAUUUGCAUUUUAUUAGUAUCUGUGUUAGCUCUCUCUCUCUCUCUUUUGGCACAAUCUGGUUUUGUAAUCUUUGCAAAGGGGGAGGGAGGGGGGUCCCCUUUUUAAAACCAACAAGCCCUUUUAUACACCUGUGAAUGUCACCUGGAGGACGGAGGGGGGGGGAGAAAACCACUUCGAAGAUUUCUUUCGUUGACGCCUGCAUAGCGGGUUAUGUAAAUAUUUAAAAAUCAAGAUGAAUCUACUAUAAAUUAAAUCUAUUUUUCCAAUUGG